GAAUCACUUAGAUUGGAAAAUGCGCAUAGAAUGAGCGAGGAACAAGAAAGGGCUGCGAAGGAUGCAAAGACGAAAAAGAUUGAGGAAGAAGCACCGAAGGAGGCAGAGAAAGAGGCUCGGUUGGCCAAGAUGAUGGAUGAAAAAAUGAAAGAAAUGGAGAAGAGGAGAGAAGAGGAUAAUAUAAGGAAGUUGUGGGAAAAGAUCGCAUGAGGAAGGAUUGUGAUACUACUGAGGGAGAUAAUACUGCAGGCAACGCUGACAAUGCCAAGAAAAGGGGACAAGACAAGAUUACAGGCAUCCCGACGGGACAGCCUUCUACUCCAAGGCAGCGUGUAAAUGAAGUGGGCGCUCUGGACGCAGGACUGCUGCUCAUGAAUAUUGAUAAUGUGCAGCGUGCUCAGGUGCAUAUGAAUCGCAUGAUGGAACGGGCGCAAAACCAGCAAAAUUUGAUGUUCGAGCGCAUCCUCGGAUUGAUAGAGAGGAUUGAAACUUCUAAUCGAAGCGCUGCCAACCCACCCCUCGCAGAUCAUGUCCAGGCUGCGUCGGUUGCACUUACAGGCUAUAGCUCCACCGGUGCCCCGAUCGAAACCGCAGCAGGAGGAUCUCGCACGGAUCCUGUGCGUGUCCGCGAUGUGCGCACCGCACCAACGGUUGCACCACCACCAUCUGGUCCUCGUCAGCCGCAACUUCCAGUCGUUCCUCAGCAACCUCAUUGUCCAACGGUUGUUAUCCCAGAUGAACUAGUUUCUGAUCAACCUAUUUCACCUCCUGCAGCACGCUCUCCUACUCCCCCUCAUCCUCCUAUUCCCCCUGGGCAUACAUCUCGGUCUAACCUCCAUACUUCUCCCCGUCCCGCUCCUCCACAUGUUCCUUCGGGGAGAAGAGCACCUGGCAUUGUCAUCCGCGACCAAGCACCGAGGACGGCUAAUCGUCUGGUUACACGUAGUAUGGCGACCCCUGCAGAUGAACAGACUCAAGACAACCCAGCUAGACUUAGUACGUCACCUGGUUUUGGGUUCGAUCGGGUGAGAGAGAGAAGUAAGGCCGUGGUUGCUAACCCAGACCCCGGUGGGAGGAGACAAUAUAGGGAGGAAAUGGAGAAGGUACUCAUGGCAAAAUACAAGAACGAGUUAGUGGAGUUGUGUAACAAGGAUAAGGUUAAAUACCAUAAUAAAAAGCAGGCGGUUGCAGACUUGACGACUAUCCGCGUAAGAGAUGUGUAUGGGGAGGAGGAGGAAGAGGAGAAGGAGCACGUUAACGGAAUGACAGAGGAGACUCAAGAAGAGAACCCUUCUUGAGUCCUACCACGACCCCACGUGGUUAUGGCAAAAGGUCAGGGAUUUGUGCCAGCAGAGCGCUAGCAGGGAAACGAAAGAUCUAGUGGGGUUUAAAAUUCGUCGAUCAAUGGGUUGAUUCAAUGCACGGCGGGUACAAUAUAUGUGAAGGGGAAGGUUGUUGCGUCUAUAACCUUCUGUCACCAUGGAUGAAAGCUACAUAUUAUGGAUCUACCACUAGGGGUAUAUCCGAGAGGUGGGGUGAACACUCUAGGAAUGCUAACCGGUUUUCUACUAGACGUAACCAUAAGCUAAGGAGAUGGUUGGCGGUUAAAGGGUGGGAUAAUUACGUUGCUAUUCGACUAGUUAGUGUACCUUCUGAGGAACUCAGGGAGGUAGAAGCAAGUUGUAUAGCGAGGUGGUCUCCAACUCUCAACACACCACGAGGGCGGAAACAUUCUUUACGAAGGAAAGGGAAGAGAGAUAAAAAGAAUUUUGAAAG